GCCCUUUCAACUUCUGUAUGCAAAACGUGCAGCCGCGUCGACAGCGUGACGCAGAACAACAUAGCGGUGUGUGUGCUGGCUUGUGUGCUUGUCCGAUCUUGUGUCCCCUUCCCAGGCAGUGCAGCGAGUCUAAGUGGAGGACUAACGUCGAAUAAUUUAACAAGCUAGCUAGUUGGAUAUACAGCAGCCACAAAACCGAAUGGGUUUGUAACGCAAGGAAAGCAAGUCUUCUAAAAUUAUUGACUAUUACAAUUGACAGGCAGUUAUCGCAGGCUAGCUAACGAUAGCACUCCAGCUAUAUUGGAGUUAUUUGCAUGCUGGUCACAGUUUAGUUAAGUCCAGCCUCGCCGACGCUUUCAUUCCUUGCUUCGUUAGCUGACAACAUUUCCUGGUGCUGUUACUAGAACAGUCAGCUUACUUUUAUGAAGGGAUAGUAUCAAUGUGUCUAGCUAGAAACAAUUGAACGGUUGUUAAAACAUAUUAAAACAUUUAAUUCGCGGCAUGAAUCGCUUGCAUCUGAUUCUUUAAUGGGGCUUUUAAGGAUUAUGAUGCCGCCCAAGUUUCAGCUUUUGGGUGUUUUGGCAUUUGGAGUGGCGAUGCUCUUUAUUGAAAACCAAAUCCAAAAUCUGGAAGACUCAAGAGCAAAGCUUGAGCAAACGAUCGCCAGACAUGAGGUGCGGGAGGUGGAGCAGAGGCACACCCAGGACGGGGGCCGGGAAGCUGCGGGGGCGGGGGGCUCGCUGACGGACGCAGACGACGUGGUGAUCAUCUACAACCGGGUGCCCAAGACGGCCAGCACGUCCUUCACCAACAUCGCCUACGACCUGUGCUGGAAGAACCACUUCCACGUGCUGCACAUCAACACCACCAAGAACAACCCCGUCAUGUCUCUGCAGGACCAGGUGCGGUUUGUGAGGAACGUGACGUCUUGGAGGGAGAUGAAGCCCGGCUUUUACCACGGCCACGUGGCUUAUCUAGACUUCACCAAAUACGGAGUGAAGGGGAAUCCCAUCUACGUCAACGUGGUUCGUGACCCAAUCGAGCGGCUGGUGUCCUACUACUACUUCCUGCGUUUUGGUGACGACUACAGGCCAGGCCUGAGGCGGAGGAAACAAGGGGACAAGAAGACCUUUGAUGAGUGUGUGUCGUCGGGGGGUUCAGACUGUGCCCCUGAGAAGCUCUGGCUCCAGAUCCCCUUCUUCUGUGGUCACCACUCCGAGUGCUGGAACAUCGGCAGCAAGUGGGCCCUUGAUCAGGCCAAGUCUAACCUGGUGAAUGAGUACCUGCUGGUGGGGGUGACUGAGGAGCUGGAGGAUUUCAUCAUGAUGCUGGAGGCCGCGCUGCCCCGGUUCUUCAAGGGCGCCACAGAACUCUACCGUACAGGGAAGAAAUCUCACCUGAGGAAGACCACGGACAAGAAGCCCCCCACCAAGGAGUCCAUCACCAAACUCCAGCAGUCGGACGUCUGGAAGAUGGAGAACGAGUUCUACGAGUUCGCCCUGGAGCAGUUCCAGUUCAUCCGCGCCCACGGCGUGAGGGAGAAAGACGGUGAGCUGUACCUCCUGGCCCAGAGCUUCUUCUACGAGAAGAUCUACCCCAAAGUGAACUAGACCGGGCUCCAGGGAGGACCUGCCCACCUCUGACUGGGACCUGAGAGGCCUGCCGGGGCAGGAUGAUGCUCUGGGGAGGAGGGGCUGGCUCUGUGAAGCACUGCGGCUGUGACUGGGUUGUGUUAGCCACACCGCUAACAUGCAAACCUUCUCAUCCCUGCCCUGUCGAAGCGCCUCCUGACUGGGGACUUGUUCAGGGGCCGUCUCCAAGGAAAGUACAACCACGGCAACCGCAGAGAACAUUCCUCGCCAUGGAGAUCAUGUGGAGUGAUUGUCCCCCCCCCCCCCCCCAGAAUAUUCUGAUUUUAAAGACGUGACCAUGAUUGUGUUUGAUUGUUGAAGCUGCUGAACAAACUGAAAGUUGUUCAUUCUGGACGUAUCACUGACUCGUGGGAAAGACUGGUUACUCGUUUUUUCUCCUAACAAGGGAAAUGUUUGUCUGGCAUCUAUUAGAUUUGUUAAACUGAUGCUGCAGGAAAAUGGUGUACUUUCAUCAGAUUUUUUUUUUCUGCAUUGUCUAUGUAUUAUUUACUGGGUGCAUUCUUAUAAAUCGUUUACAAAGGGAAAAAAAUGACUGAGCUUCACAAAGCAAAUGGAAACCACGUUUUGUACAUAUUGUAUUUACAUUUACAGUGCAUAUUUUGUAUUAAUAUUAUGUAUAUGGACCAAAUGGUUGUGAGGGGAAAUCAAUUUAUUGCACCUUGUGGUGCGUGAACUGUAAAUUAAUAUUCAUUUGUAUCUCAUUGAAAUAUAAAAAAAUGUUGAUACCAAGUUAUAAUUUUCAUAACGUCAAAGUUUAAAAAUCAAUACCGAAUUCGAGAGAAAUACAAAAAACAUCUAUACAGCUUUUCUUUUUUUUUGUGGUCCGAUCUGUAAGACUGACUUGAAUUGACUGUGUGUAUUGAAUCCUUUCGAUACAGGGUGUGCUCGAACUGAGAGAACCCUCGCUGUCCUGAAUGUUGUUGUGACGGGGGUCUUGAAUCUUUGUGACCGAAGCUCACUAACUCCGAAAUUAGAGACUUGAUAGUGCCUUCAGUUUUAUUCCCCACUCAGUGUUGGAAUGUCCCUAUAUUUUUUUUAUAUCUUUCAGGUGUCAGGAGACAGGUGGCUGAGCGGUUAGUGAAUCGGGCUAGUAAUCAGAAGGUUGCCAGUUUGAGUCCUGGCCGUGCCACAUGACAUUGUGUCCUUAGGCAAGGUACUUCACCCUACUUGCCUCGGGGGGGAAUGUCCCUGUACUUACUGUAAGUCGCUCUGGAUAAGAGUGUCUGCUAAAUGACUAAAUGUAAAUAUCUUUAUCUCGUUGAACUGCCAGUUUUUCCUUCAUUUUUCUUUUUCCUUCAAAAAAAUUAUGGGCACAAGUGACCAAAAUAUUUUAAAUAAAUCACUCAAGUUC